AUGAAACUACGAAUCAGAAGAAUAGCAAGAACAUUGAGAAGAGUAGCUAUUCUUUUGGUGCUUCUUUUUUUCUAUUUCGCUAGGUCUUCCUUUAUUGUUCAUGUUAAGAAUACGUUCUAUGAACCUACAAGCGAAGAAUACCGUUAUGGGCUGAUUGACGAGGUGAGAAGCAUUCGAUGCUAUCGGUGGUACAGACAUUGUGGAACUCUUUUUGCUAGACAAAGCGCUUCCAGCGAUAGCGUACUUUCUUGGAGCAGGAUCUCGAAGAAUCUCACCGAUGAGUCGCUCUACUCGAUUGAAUCAACGCUUUUCUAUAUGACGUUCUUGUAUGUUCAUCAAUGGGAACCAUCAAGUGAAAAGAGCCCUAUAACAGAACUUGCUAUCUCGAGGCAUUCUUCUUUGAUCCCUAUUCAAGUGACACAGGACGUACAGAAAUUGAUCAAAGUCAGCGAUAGUUCUGUCUUUCAUGAUCAUAUUCACCGCCAGGAAAAGAAUGUUCUGAAUAUUUUCGGUGGAGAGCAGUCUGAUUUGGAUAUAGUACAUUCGUUGGGGGAAGACUGGCAAUACAACGGGGGUGGGAUCUGGUGCAAACGCCGCACAGACCAAAGUCCUAUCACUAGUCUGGAAAUUUAUCUCGGCUCAGGAUUUCACGAAUCAAGACCUAAUUGGAAAGAAGUUAUUCACGAGUACGAUAGAAGUCUCGGAUCAAGGAGGCUGCCCUUGUCAGUAACCAGGGAAAUUAGUGGACCCAAAGAGAAAGCGGAUCUUUUGGACUACAAUUAUGCAGGCAUUUCGUUGAACGCCCACGGCGACUCUUCCAAGAUACUGCAAGUAUCUGACGUUCAUUUUCGCUGUUCAGAUGAGACUGCCGCGGUUCUUAACGAGUUCCAAACUAAGCACUUCAUUUCUGAUGUGAUCACUCGGGAGUGGCCAGAUCUGGUUGUCAUCACUGGGGAUUUCCUAGACGGUCAGAAUUCUCUGGAUUAUCAGACCUGUAUUAUGAAACUUGUGCAACCGAUGAUCAGACUCAAGAUACCCUAUGUGUUCACCCUGGGAACUUCGGAUCAUUCCAGAUUUGCGACAGGUUCGCAGAUACGAGACUUUCUUUCUAAUCUACCCUUUUGCAUCAAUAAAGCAUCCUCAUCGGAUGGACACACAGUCAUGACAGCAAGUUUCAAAACGGGUGCUGGUGUUGUUGUUUAUGCUUUCGAUUCGUUUCAACCGAUUAAGCCAUUUCUUAUGGAGCAUGAGGCAUACAAGCAUUACAAGUACGCGUUGGCGUUUAGACAUCUCCCAAUACCUGAAUACAGACCCGAAGGUAUGUUUCCUAUUAUUGGUCAAUACAACGAACAAUCAAAUUAUAAGUCCAAGCUGAAGGAAGAAGAGACGAUGCAUAAACUGUUACGGUCAUUUAACGUGAAGGCGAUGAGUUGCGGGCAUGAACACAGCAACGAUUGUUGCUUGCAAUCACUUGGAGAUAUGUGGCUAUGUUACGCGGGCAGCAGUGGAGUGGGCAUUGAUAGAGCUAAUGGCAUGGAGCCGAGUGUACGGCUGUUCAAGGUUGAUGACGUACACGGAUUGAUCACAUCCUGGAAACGAAACUUCAGAAUGAUUGAUUCUGUUUACGAUUAUCAGUACAUAUUUCAAGAAAAGUAA